GUGAGAUUAGCCGAGGACAGACACAGAGAGGCAUGCACGCACGCCCCCUCUCACGCACACUGCAUGACCGAUCUCAUUAUCUCCAGGCGGAGAUAUUAAUAAGGAAAUACUUUCAUGAAAGUCUCAGCACCUGUUCACUAUUUUGCUCUCCUUUUCCUUCUUCUUCCAGGAGAACCACACAAGUUUGAUCCUUCCUUCAGAGGUCCAGUCCACAGGAGAAGCUGCACUGAUAUCUUAUGUUGUUUGAUCUUCAUCAUUGUCAUCCUCUCGUAUGUGGCCCUGGGGAUAGUGGCCUGGUUACAUGGGGACCCCAGGAAGGUGCUCCAUCCAACAGACAGCUAUGGCCAGUUCUGUGGUCAGACGGGGACUUCCAACGUGAAGAAACCCAUCCUAUUCUAUUUCAACAUCUUGAAAUGUGCCAACCCGGCUAUACUCAUCAACCUGCAGUGCCCCACAACGCAGAUGUGUGUAUCAAAGUGCCCGGACAAGUUUGCCACCUACACUGAGAUGCAGCUGCAACACAAACUCAGCAGGAGUUACUGGGAAUAUUACAGACAGUUCUGCAAGCCUGGCUUUAAUAACCCUGACAAGCCAGUAUCUCAGGUUCUACGAGAUGAGGACUGUCCCUCCAUGAUUGUACCCAGUAGACCAUUUCUCCAGAGAUGUCUACCAGACUUCAUCACUCAGAAUGGGACUGUGACUGUAGCGAACAGAACCAGCUUUAAAGAUGCUCUGGAAAUGGCUCGUAGUGUAACUGACCUCCAACAUGCUGCCAAGGGUAUAACAGGACUAGUGGACACUAAGGAGCUGGGCAUGAAGAUCGUGGAGGAUUACGUCAAGUCAUGGGCAUGGAUACUCAUAGGCCUGCUGAUAUCCUUGGCUGUCAGUCUGAUCUUCAUCCUGCUGCUGAGGUUCACAGCUGGGUGGCUGCUGUGGACUACCAUCAUCACCAUCAUACUGCUGCUGGCAUAUGGUAUGUGGUUCUGCUCCGCGGAGUUGACCCGGCUGAGACACAGACCAGGCUCUGAUGUCACCAUUGUAGAAGUGGGGCUACAGACUGACCUGCAGGUCUAUCUGCAACUCACACAGACAUGGAUCAUACUAUUGGUGUCUCUGGGGGUGACAGAAGCUUCCAUCUUGUUGAUGUUGAUCUUCUUGAGAAGAAGAGUGCGAGUGGCCAUCGCCAUGCUCAGAGAGGCCAGCAAAGCCAUCGGUCACAUCAUGUCCACGCUUUUCUUUCCAGUCAUCACCUUUCUCCUCUUGACUGUUUGCUUCUCCUACUGGGCGGUGACUGCCGUUUACCUAGCGUCCUCAGGUGAAGCUGUCUACAAAGUCAUGUCUCCUGAUGUCAGCUGUCCCCAUGCCAACAGUACUUGCAACCCAGAGACCUUCAACAGAACCAACAUCUCCAAAUCAGUGUUGUGUCUGGGCUCUCAGUGUCUGUUCGCCUUCUACGGUGGGGAGACGUCCUACCACCGCUACCUCUUCCUGCUGCAGCUGUCCAACCUGCUGGUCUUCCUCUGGCUGGUCAACUUCAGCCUGGCCCUGGAGCAGUGCACCCUGGCCGGGACGUUUGCCAGCUACUACUGGGCCAGGAGGAAGCCUCAGGACAUCCCGCCGUGUCCACUCUUUUCAUCGUUCAGCAGGGCCAUCAGGUAUCACACGGGGUCUUUGGCAUUUGGAGCUCUAAUUCUUUCAGUUGCCCAACUGGUCCGGAUCAUACUAGAAUACCUGGAGCAGAAACUAAGAGGUGUUGACAACAGCCUGUCCAGGUUCAUGAUGCACUGUCUGCAAUGUUGUUUUUGGUGUUUGGAGAAAUUCAUACGCUACAUGAACCGUAAUGCUUACAUCAUGGUGGCGAUCUAUGGUAAGAGCUUUUGUACCUCGGCCAGAGAAGCCUUCUUCCUGCUGAUGAGGAAUGUGGUCAGGGUUGCCGUUCUGGACAGAGUGACGGACUUCCUGUUGUUUCUGGGCAAAGUUCUGAUAGCAGGAGGAGUUGGUGUGAUUGCAUACCUCUUCUUCAUGAGGAGGAUCCCUGUUAUCCAGGACGAAGUGCCCAAUCUCAACUACUACUGGGUCCCCCUGCUGACGGUGGUGGUCGGUGCCUACCUGAUCGCUCACGGCUUCUUCAGCGUCUAUGCCAUGUGUGUUGACACGCUCUUCCUCUGCUUCUGUGAUGACUUGGAGAGACAUGAUGGUAGUUCAGAGAAACCUUUCCUCAUGUCCCCAGAGCUGCACAGAAUUCUGGGAAAAUCCAGUCAGUCGCGUUGAUAUCCGAUCCUCCUACCCACUGUGUCAGCAGCCAGUCUGGUCGGUCUUCAUCCAACAGUCCUGCACAGACGUCACCUGGCCCAUGUCUCUCCACAAUAGAAAUUAGAGACUACAGAAGGACAACGGGUCUGAUCCUCUGUGGAGACCCUGUAUACUACGUUCACUACCAAUAAACCUGUGUUGACAGACAGGAGGGCAACUCCUCCUGAAAUCUAAAUGUGAACAAUGUAUUAAACCAAUACUUCAAUCAGAAAGGAAGACUUUUUAAAACACACCGAAGUCGGAACCAGAUGAAGGUUAAAUGAGGCUCUGCUGGAUCCAGGGGGUUCUGCUGGACCGUUUCCCUCUGCAGCGGAUCCCUGCUGCACCAAUGCACUGACUUACUGCCUGUGUUUUUAACGCUGGGCCAUUCUUGGUCUCAUGUAAUAUUUAAACCCUCAAACAAGUAAGUGAGAAGAAUGCCGUUUUGUAUGAAGAUUCAGGAGUGAAUUCACGAAAGGAUUGUUCUGCGAAUAAGACGUAAAGAAACUGUGUAGUUCUCAAAGCACCUCUAACUGUGCUGCCAAGCAAUAGUGUGUCAGUGCUCCUUUUUUAAUUUAUUCAGACAUUAGAUUUUUAUUUAAUAGGGAUAAUGUAAUUUAACAUAGUUUCAAUACAAAGCAUGACACUGUGUGUGCUACAGAGAGUUUAACCCUAUUUCCUUUACAAACUAUUGUCCCUAGUUGGGUUUUCACGUUCAAAUGUAAUUACAAUAUAUAUUCACACUAUUGGAGCAAAAUUUGGCCCUUUUUAUGCAAAUGAGCUUCAGUGCAAAAACAGUCCAAUUCACAAAGAUCAGCACUGAUAGACACACACAGUUACAGUGAAAUUAUUUGCGUCUUUAGGAAGUUUGUGAUAAUAGAAGCACAUUUAUUUGUGGGAUGCAGUGACAGUUGUAUCAUGAAAAAUUAAUGAAUAAAGCGAAAGACACAUUUAUAGUUUCUCCUGCGCUGGGAUUGCCGCAAAUGUUUAAUAAACUCAAACAAUGUACUCUUAAAAGAAGAGAUAAGUAAGUAAUCUGUUUUCCUCGUUAAUGGUGUAUUAUUUCACCAACCAGCAUAUGUGUGAGAGGCGUAUACAGGCACAAUGGAAAGAAAAAAGUGAAAUGAGCCCAUGUCCGACCCGAGCCCGGCUCAGUCGUCUGGUGUGGCGUGGCCUGGACUGUAGGUUCACCUCAGACCAAAACACAGUACAGUGCAGCUGGAGCUUCAGCCAGCCAUACUGAAGACCUCAAUACACACACAGUCACAAACUGUCACUGUAACAUUCCUCACUUGUAUGACAAUAGUAUUUAAUAUUGAAUCAGUAUACUGUAUAACAACAUCUCUCUGAAAACCAAGAGUCAAACCCACGAGGUCUUUAGGAUUUGGUCAAAUUCUGGAUUAGUGCUUCCUUUUCAGUCCAGUCUUGAUAUGUCUUUUUUAUGAUGUAACAGAGGAAGUUCUGCAAACAUUUUAUUUUUAUUUAAAAGGGACCAUCAUAGCUUUAAGCUAAUUUGCAUCUGUAGUCCCAUGGCAGGUCAAAACAAGGAAAGCACCAUAGCAAACAGUACAAGGUAAAGACAUGAUACAAAGAUAUACAAAACACACAAAUGUGUGUUUGUCAGGUAAAAGCAAGUCAUAAAGACCAUCAGACUCGAGGUCAGUGACUACUAAAGAUAUGGAUUUACACAGAGACAACAGGUCUGUUGUAUUAUGAGGAAAACACUGUUCACAAUGAGUUCAAAAUGUUAAACCACGGUCUCAAGCAAUGUACACUCCCUGUUCAUUUUUAUAAGAUGGAUUAAUUUUUGUAUUUGCAAUGUGUUUGUUUUUAUUUGUAAUUUCGGACAGAAUGCAAAUAUUAUUGAUUUACAAUACAAACAACUUUGGACCCAGCACUGAACCUUGUGGAGC